GCGCCUCCGUGCGUUUCCUUGUCAGUUAUUAUCACCCAGCCCCCUCGCCGGUGUCUCUUUUCUCAUCCGUUUGAUCACGUCCUUUCCCCCUUUACAUUUUCCUUCUCCGCGCCCGAGGAGUGUGUUGAAUUUCACUCUUUGCGUAAUUCUGAUCGAUGGGUGGCUGUCUGAGCAGCGAGGAGGAGUAUUAUUACUCCUCCGAUCAAGAGUUGCUUAGCGUGUGGGACAACGAGGACUCCGGUUUGUUUUUAGCGUCUUCCAGAGAACCCAAAACGAAGGUUAUUACUAAGGAAUUGCUUCAGUUGGCUCAGAGGGAGGAUCUGCAAAGGGUGAUGGAUUUAUUAUUGGUUAAGGAGCACCAUGCUCGUACACUUCUUAUUCAUUACCGGUGGGAUGUGGAGAAGUUGUUUGCUGUUUUUGUCGAGAAAGGGGAGGAUAGCUUGUUUGCUGCAGCCGGUGUCUCUAUUGCCGAGCAUCAACAGGGCAAUUCAGUUUUGUCUCCUUCUACAACAAUGACUUGUGAUAUCUGCGUAGAGGAUCAUUUACCCGGUGAUCAAAUGACAAGAAUGGACUGUGGCCACUGCUUUUGCAAGAACUGUUGGACAGAGCAUUUUAUUGUGAAGAUAAAGGAAGGUCAGAGCAAAAGGAUCAGAUGCAUGGCUCCUAAAUGCAAUGCUAUUUGCGAUGAAGAUGUUGUGAGGAGUCUAGUUGGUAAAAGCCGUCCAGAUCUUGCUGAGAAGUUUGAUCGUUUUCUUCUGGAGUCAUACAUUGAAGAUAACAGGAUGGUCAAGUGGUGUCCAAGCACUCCGCAUUGUGGCAAUGCUAUACGUGUCGAGGAUGAUGGGUUGUGCGAGGUUGAAUGUUCUUGCGGCUGUCAGUUCUGUUUCAGUUGCUUGUCUGAAGCCCACUCCCCUUGCUCUUGUUUGAUGUGGGAACAAUGGAGAAAGAAGAUCAGGGAGGAGUCUGAGACAGUUAAUUGGAUUGCAGUUAACACAAAGCCGUGUCCCAAAUGCCACUUACCUCUGGAAAAGAAUGGCGGAUGCGUUCUUGUGACAUGUAGAUGUGGGCAAUCGUUCUGUUGGCUAUGUGGUGGAUCUACUGGAAGGGAACAUUCUUGGUAUACAAUCGCGGGUCAUAGUUGCAGUCAGGACCAAGAGGCCAGAGAGAAACAGACGGAGAGAACGAAAAGGAACCUUUAUUGUUAUAUGCCUUAUCAUAACGGAUAUAGGGUGCACACCGAUUCCUUCAAGCGAGAGAGUGAACUUAAGGAGACUAUCCUAAAAAAAGUUUCGAUUUCAGAAGAGAGGGACUUCAGCUGGGUUACCAAUGGACUCGACCGUUUAUUAAGAUCAAGGAGAGUUCUUUCAUGUUUGUACCCUUUUGCAUUUUACAUGUUCAAAAAUGCGCAGUUCAAAAAUGAGAUGAUGCCUCGGGAGCGAGAAAUAAAGCAGCAUCUCUUUGAGGAUCAACAGCAACAGCUUGAGGGCAGUGUUGAGAAGCUUUCCAAGUUGUUGGAAGAACCCUUUGAACAAUACACCGAAGACAAAGUCUUGGACAUACGGAUUAAAGUCAUCAACUUGUCUGUGACGGUGGAUACCCUCUGCAAGAAAAUGUACGAAUGCAUCGAGAACGAGUUACUGGGCUCUCUCCAAGUUGGCGUCCACAACAUCGCUCCUUACAAAUCGAAAGGCAUCGAGCGCGCAUCCGACUUUUACACUUCCGGGGACUCCUCGUACCAACCAUCGGAUUGUGGUACGAGUGAUAGCUCUUCCCCCAGUUCUUGGGGAUCGCGCAACAGCCUAUACCCGAGAAUUGGUUGAUCUAUAUCUACAUCCUGCUCCUUAAUAA